GCGAUUUAUCGCUUCGCGGCGCAAGGUCUGAUGCUCCUUCGGUUAAAGAUCGGUAAAAGUAUGAAUCUUGAAUUGCGUUUAAAAAAUUAUUUUUUAAGCAAGAAUAAAUCUCGCGAGAAGCUUAGUCACUGCAAAAUAUGCGAUUAAAUCGCCAACAACAGACUCUUAUCGUAACCCAAACAUCCCCUUACCGAUCACCUGCCUAACACGAUCGGCAGUGAGAGCUCGACGCAGUUGCUGCUAUUUUUCCGAAAAGUAUAUUCAGGCUUUUAAAAACCAUCCAACGAUGCGGGGGAUGAGAAGAUCGUCUGAGGAUUAUCUCUUACUAGUCGCUGUUGUAAUAGUUUGCACUUGGACGAAUGCGACAGCGAGGACGAGUCAGAGAAAAUGCAAAGAAUACGCAGAACUUGUCACGAGGGAAGAGGUAGCCCCGGUCCUCCGUAUGGGCGUCCAAACGAAUCUGGUCUCGGAGUGCGGCAUAGUCGAGACGCCCCUAAUCGUCGGCGGAGUCAAAGCUAAGAGCAACGAGUUCCCGCACAUGGUCGCUGUCGGAUUUGGAAAGCCGCCGGAAAAUAGCAGCUCGGUCGAUUUUGAAGUGUCUUGGGAAUGCGGUGGUAGCAUAAUCUCCGAAAAUUUCGUCCUCACCGCUAGCCAUUGUCUCGAGUCCAAAGACAGAGGACCAGCCAUCCGCAUUCGAGCCGGCUCGACCCUCCUAAAAGAUCCUGAGCCCGGUUACCAAGAACGAGUCGUAAUCGAGCGCAUCAAACACCCGAACUACACUCUACCGGCUCGCUACAACGACAUCGCGCUUCUCAGACUGGAAAAACCGCUCGAGCUCAGCGGCGCCGUAAGGCCGGCCUGUCUCGAGAUCGAGCACGAGCCGGUCGGGAAAGUCGCUAUCGCCAGCGGAUUCGGAAAGACCGCUUACGACGAGGCAGUGGGCAGCAACGAGUUGAUGAAAGUGCAGCUGAACUACAUAUCCAAAGACGACUGCGAGCGGAGCUACAAGAUCGACAUCGGCGGUAGACAGUUGCCAUCUGGACUGAUACCAAGCUUACUAUGCGCCGGUGUGAUGGAAGGAGGAAAAGACACUUGCCAGGGCGAUAGCGGCGGUCCGCUUCAGCGAGUUCUCUCGGAGCCUUACUGCAUGUACAGCCUCGUCGGAGUGACGAGCUUCGGGAAGUUCUGCGCCUUCGAAAACUCCCCGGCGAUGUACUCGAGGGUCAGCUCUUACGUCGACUGGAUCGAGAGCGUCGUCUGGCCUGGAGAGCUAUAGUAACGAAUUUUCCUGGAAAGUUUAGCUUCGAUUCUUCUUCUCAAUAAAAAUAUUGCUUGUACUAACCCGAAUGUUUUCGCUAAAAAUAAAGAUUUUUUCUUCAAAGCACGUAUCGAGAGCUGUCUCUGGCAGAUAAUCUGCGCGAUAUUUUUAUUUCCAUCAAUGAGCCAAGCAGAACUCGAUAUGCUUUUUUAAAAUAGAUAUACAUUCAAAUUUUCAAUAUGAUACGUUUGGAAAGGUUUUAAGGAUAGCAAAAAAGACACCUUCGUAAUUUUUUUUUUCCAAGAACACUUACAAUAAGUUUUUAUUACUCUGUUUCUGACUACAAUGCGUUUGUUGCGUGGGUGUGAUAAUAUACAUCGAAAUACAUUUCAUUCUUCGUAAAGCUACGAUGAUCCUUUCAUUUAUAUCUUCAAAAAAACAUUGUCCUCUCGUUUACAUAUAUCAGUUAGUAUAAUUACAUCAAAUUACACUCAGCGCGACCGAAAGCGAUUCACAAUGGCGAUUCGGGCGGUUCCAUGUAUUCGCGGCAAAAUCCAAAAUAAGAAGAAGUAAAAGGUAGUAUAACGUAAAAUAUAGUAAUAUAGCGGUAGGUAAAGGGAGGAACAGAGGGGGGAUGUACAUGGUGCGAGAGAAAAUUAAAGCGUUCCUUAUUACACUACGCGAAUAAAGAC